CUCUGAUACUUAAGGACGUGUCACUUGUUUUAGGCACAUUGUACUCCCCUGUGCAACUAUUUCGUGUUUGGGCUGAGCUGUUGAAAGAUGUGACGCUCUCCUGUAAACCGUCUCUGAACCUCAUUAUGUGAAGGAGCAAUGAGAGGAACUAGUUGCCAUGGUUACUAGUUGCUAUAGUUACUAGUUGCUGGGUUAUAUAGUGUCCAGCAUGGAAGGAGUCAUAGCCACCGCCAAACUUUGAGAUAUUGUUAUAUAUAUAAUACAGCAGGAUUUGACUCUAAUUUUCUCUCAUAGUCCUGUAUUUUUAUUUGCUGUCGUAGUAGUGCUUCCCUGAAGUCACACAAUUCACCAAAUAUUUCGAGUCUAGGUCGUCAUUUUCGUUGUUAGGGUUACUGAUUCGUUGAUUCACUGCUGCACUGUGUGAUCAUUGUUUCGUUUGUAGCGUACUACGGCUCUAUCAUCUCCCACUGAAUGUUGCAUGGUAACCAUGGUAACCUAUCCCACCUGAACUAAACGCCCCUACCUGUGACGGGUCUCUGACGGCCCCGAUGGAUCACAAGAAUGGUGUUUCGGAAACUAUUGUUCUCAUUCCCGACUCAAAGCGCCAGUUCGAUUUCAGUUUUCAAUUACAAACUGCGAUAUCACUCUUCAAAGAUGUCUUGAAAGACUCUCAGGGACCCCAACGAUUACCCAUAACAGAUAUCCCACCCCAACUUGAGAACCAAGAUGACCCCUACGCCUUAUUCAGAUAUUUGGAGCAAUGUGCUUUAGAUCAAGGAGCUGUUCUAACCAUGGCCCCUUACUGCACAGUUGAGGUGGAGGACGACAAGUUUAACGCCCUUGUUGAGUCACACGACUUGGCAUUGAUGGAUUACCAUGGUCAGACUGUUCUCCACAUUACAACCCAAUACUGUGAUAAAAAAGAAGUGGAGAAGUUGAUAAAUUGCGGUGGUGAUCCAAAUGCUGAGGACUUUGACGGUUACACCCCCCUAUUUUAUGCAGCUAUAGCACAGAAGCCCAAUACAGCGGACACGCUUAUAAAGAAUAACGCGGAUAUCAACUACAGAUGUAAAAAGACCGGACGCUCCGCAAUGCAUAUUGCUGCUCAGUUUGGUGCAAUGAAAGUGAUGGAGCUGCUAGUGGAGAAGGGUGCAGAUAUAAACGUACUGGACAACAUGAACCAUACCCCCAUCAUUGUGUCCAGCUACUACGCAAGAUCUGACAUUUCCGCUUAUCUUGUUGAUAAAGGUGCCGACACCUGCAUUGAGGACAAAUCAGGGAUAAUGGGUCUGAUGAGGAUAGCCUACACCAUGCCUACCAUUACCAGAGAAGUGUUCGAUAAGUUUGUUACAGAAGAUGUGUAUCAGGGUGAAAGAUAUUACCAGCUCGACCGACUGGUCGGCAGUCCGGGUCGGAACAUGUUCUGCUCGUUCUACCACUACCUGGUAUGGUUAGCCAACAUGGGUCUGAUAGAGCACUCCAUCUUCGACCGUCUCACCAAAGCAAAAUGGCAGCUCUACGCCAAGAAACAUGCCACCCACAAGUUCAUAUUCCUGGGCGUUUUCCUCAGUGUCUGGAGUUUUGUGUAUGUUCAGCCCCAUUCCUUCAUAGACGAACUGAAGACCGUGGACGUCGUCUACGCCUUGUCCAUAAUCAUUGCCAUGUCCGCGUAUGUGUGGCGGUUCAUCAGUAAUGUCAGACUCCUCAAAGAGAAAUUUAAGUACUUAAACUUUUUAAAGAAACUGUUCGAUGACACUUAUCAGAGGGAGGUUAAUUCUCUUCACUUCAAGGGGAAGGACCUCGAAAACUUCCUAAAAAAGAGGUACGGUGAUAGACAACUAACGUUCUUGGACGAUGUGAAAUCGUCACCAGCCGUCCUCAUUGACUUUCUCGUAGACAAUCUCCUCCUUUUCUUCAUCAUCGGGAAGGUUAUCAUCUUUGUUAGAGGUGCUAAAAGAGUGAAGGAACCCAGGAUGAACAGUGCCAAUGAUGAACUGGAUGCUUCCGUCCAGCUUUUCAUAAAUGCUACUGAUUUAUUUGGUGCCAUCGUUAUGAUCCUGAUGUGGUUGUCAUGUUUCCUCAAGCUUCAGAUCACUAAGAAGGUCGGACCCUUCGUGGUAUACAUGAAGUAUGUCAUGGGUGAUCUUAGCACUAUCGGUACCAUGUUUGCAACACUAUUUGUGCCAGCCGUGUGUGUCUUCUACAAGACGACUUACAGCAAUGAGACUGAUUCAAGAGACCCCAGAACUUUCUACGAAACCAUAUUCGUCGUCUUGCGGAUGGUCCUGAUUGAUUAUGAGUACCUUGAUGGCUUGGACAGAUCUAUUUACCCCGAGUGGUGGAUGUUCCUCUCAGUGAUCUGGAUCUACUUGUCUUGCGUAGUGGUUCUUAAUCUCCUUAUCGCUCUGAUGGCGGAUUCUUACUCUAGGAUAUUCGAGAAAGCUGAGCUGUUCGCUCGAAUUGAUAGAGCUAGGUUCAUUAUUGAGUUCGAGAGGACAUUGUCUAAAGAAGUGAUGGAAGGGUACGAGAGUCAAAUGAGAGAUGAGUACGCACCUGAGAUAGUUAAGUUCGACCCAGUUACAGACAGAGAUAAAAUAGACAUCGUCGAGGAACAGGUGGCUCAGCUUAGCGAUAAGAUAGAUCGUUUAGAGAACCUGAUCGAGAAAAGCAUCGUUGUAGAACUGCAAAAGAAACUUGAAGCAAUAGACCAAGCUUUGACCCUCUACAACUACUAGUUGCUAGGUUACUGUUGCUAGGUAACUGUUUCUACAACUGCUAGUUUCCAAGAUGACCUGCAGUUUCCCUCGCCUCGAUAUAGUUUUUAUUUAAUUAUGAUUUAUAAUUAUUUUAAUUAUGAUUUCAUGCUGUUGCUGCAAUUAAGCACUCUGAUUAUAGUGAAUAUCGAAAGCAAGAUUUGAAGAACUUGCAGAUGUACCAAAUGUUGAUUUGGUUCUCUGUUUUUAGCAAAUUAAAUUGUUGUAGUAGGUUUGUAGGAGCCCCGUCAGCUUUUUGUUAUGUGACAUAAUUAUGUGACAUAAUUAUGUGACAUAAUUAUGUGACAAUAUAAUUUUAGCAAAGGUAAAUAUUUGUGUGUGAUGGAGUAUUUGGGUAAUGGUUAUUUUGGUUGGUGUUAUUGCUUUAUGAAGGCCAUAUUAUCAAAUCAAUUUUUAAGGUCGAUAUCAAAAACAAGGUAAUUCAUUUGUUAAGAUCGAUAUC